CUGGUCAUCUGCCAGAACACAAGACCUAAUCUUUAUCAAAGGAGCGCUCAUUGGCAGAUAAAACGAGGAGAGCCUACCCAAUGUUACCACGUCAAAGCACAGAUUACGAAGGACGAUAACUGACUAGUACUGACUGCUCAGCUAUAUGGCAUUAAAUAUUUUGCACUACAUUGUAUACUCAUCGUUCAUCCUCGGCCUGUGGGUAAUAGGGCAUCGCUUGUGCCAGAACAAAUCACAGUUGCUACCACCUGGGCCACCACCAAAGCCGUUGAUAGGGAAUUAUCUCGACGUUCCAAAGACGAAGCCAUGGAAAACAUUCUCGCAAUGGAAAAAGUUAUACGGUGACAUUGUUUAUGCCAGCGUCCUCGGGAACAAACUUCUCAUCCUGAACGACAUCGAAAGUAUACGUGAGCUUCUUGAGAAGAGAUCACAGAAGUAUUCCGAUAGGCCAUCAUUUAUGAUGGCGAAAUACAUGGGAAUCGAGAACAAUCUGUCGUUCGCUCCCUAUGGUCCAGAUUGGAGGCAAGGACGGAAGCUCAUACACGGAACCCUCAACCAGGAAGCGGUCCAGAAGUAUCAUUCGCUGCAGGAGGAUGUUGCCGCCAGAUUUUUGAGGAAUCUGGUGGAAUGCCCUUCAGAAGUCAUGAAGCAUCUGCAUAUGGCCUCGGCUCAUAUAAUCGCGUCUAUAACCUAUGGGUUCUCUGUUGACACUCCAAGCCAUGUGUACUUCGACGAAUUCGCCGAAACGGAGCGAAUCGUACUGAAAAGCGUGGUUCCGGGGGCGUAUCUUGUUGAUAUGAUUCCUCAACUAUGGUAUCUGCCAUCCUGGGUCCCAUUUAACAGCAUACAGCGAACAGCCGAGAGGGGGCGGCAGCGGGUCUCUAAUAUCGUGCACCGUCCGAUAGAGCAGGUAGAACAGGACAUGAAACAAGGAGCAUCUCCGGCUUCGUUUGUUUCAGAUUAUUUGAGAGACCACGGAAAAGAUGAAGCGAUAAGGGAGCAGCUGCCUUGGGUGGCGUGGUCGAUUUUUGAAGCUGGAUAUGACACAACAGCUGGAACCAUGUUGGUCUUCAUGCAUGCUAUGGCGUGCUUCCCGGAGGUUCAAGCCCGUAUGCGCGAUGAGAUAUACAGAGUUGUAGGGACUGACCGCCUGCCAACUUUUGAUGACCGCGAGCAGUUGCCGUACAUUAAUGCAGCGAUUAAGGAGGUGUACCGCUGGAAUCCCAACUCACCUUUGGGUGCGCCGAGGAAAUUACAAGAUGCAGAUAUCUAUAGAGGGUACUACAUACCGAAAGGCACUAUUAUCUUGCCCAAUGUCUGGUUACUUAGUCGGGACCAGGACAGUGGCAUAGAUCCAAAAGCAUUUUCUCCAGAACGCUUUCUUGAGACCCACGUAAAGAAAACGGCACUUGAUCCUUACAGUUAUGCAUUUGGCUUUGGCAGGAGAAUGUGCCCAGGGCGCUUUUUAGCAGACAACACCGUAUUCAUGCUUGUAACCAGUAUGGUGGCGACCGUGCAAAUUUCAAAACCCAGGGACAGCCAUGGCGUGGAAAAACCGUUUGAUCCUCCGUAUAUACCCGCAGGUCUUGCCAGUUUUCCUUAUCCAUUCGAAGUCGGCAUCGAACCUGUAUCAGAAGAAGCAGUGGCUGUCGUGAAAGGCAGAGCGAUGAAUAUUGACUGAAUAUUCGUACAUACUUACGGAGCACGAAAGCUCCGACGCUGCAACGUACGAGACCAGUCGUUAUUAACUAACAGCUUGCCUUGAAGGCUGAAAUUGACUUACCG